CUCCCAACUGAAAUACAACUACACAAAAGGUCUGUCCUCAGUUUGAGUUAGCAUAUGAGUUUCACAUCAUAGUGCACCCCUGUGUGCCCGGAAGUUACAAAGUGGAGGUAGGGUUUUAACAUCAGCCUCAGCUCCAUGAGACACUUACCUCAACAACACCUCCCCAGCAAAAGGCAGAAAGGGAGGGCUUGUUAUGCAUGGUUCUGUCCUAGUGUUGAAGACCUUUGGACCAUGUUGUAAACCCAGAAGAGGCAAACAAGCCUGUAGGAAAACAGCUUCUGAACAUCUUGUUCUAUGACUAGCAAGAAGUACUUCUAACAAACAAUAUCUUCCUAGAGGACCCUGUCAUGGGAUGAGGACUGUGACGAUGUUGCAUUUUCUAUUUACCCUCAGUGGUUUGGCAGUUGAACACAGGCUAGGUCUUUCACCUUCACACUCUACUUUGUAAAUGAAUAUGGAAAGGUGGUUUUUUUUUCUUUUCGUUUUUUUUUUUUUUGAGACAGGGUUUCUCUGAGUAGCUCUGGCUGUCCUGGAACUCAGUCUGUAGACCAGGCUGGCCUCGAACUCAGAAAUCCGCCUGCCUCUGCCUCCCAAGUGCUGGGAUUAAAGGCGUGCGCCACCACGACCCGGCUUGGAAAGGUGGUUUUAAAAGAGAACAUAAGCCUGCGCCUCAAGACCUAAAUUAGAGGACAAGAUUGUGAAGACAUUAGCUGAUUUCAAACUGUCUGUGGGUACUUUUCACUUAAGAGACAAGAUCUGCCGUCUGCCUCCAUCUGCCUCAGCCUCCCCAUUUGUCUAAACCUUUUCUUGCACUGCAUCCUCUCAGAUGAUCACAUCUCAUACUCUUGUAUUUCAUUCCAUUCAUAUAUGAAUAAUUAGACACAGUGCCACCAUACCCAACUUCUUUUGCUUUAUUUUGGUGGUACUAUUGGGAAUUCAAAGCUAUUUGCUUAAAUGGUUGUUGCCUGGUAUUAGCCUUAUAGGUUUAAUUGUAUCUCCUAGGCAGUUUCUGUUUUGAUUUUUGUUUGGUUGUUUUGUUUCUCUAUCAACUAGUAAUUCAUGUUAACCCUGUGACUUAAGUUUCUGAUGGUUUAUUUGUGUUGGUGUGGACUUUGGCUUUCUCUCUAGUUUCCUAGCCCUGGCAGCCACAGUAGAAAAGCUAACCUAAGAAGCAGUAGUAGUGAUCCUCCUGGCUACUAUUAUAUAAUAGAGAUUCAAAGAAGGAAGACCUCACUUCACUUCACUCCUUGAAAGCCUCUGGGACUUGUUGGGGCUUUGUUCUCAUUUUGGUUAUGCUGGGAAUCAAACCUACAGAAGCAUUCGACCAGCUGAGCUACUUCUUCAGCCCCUAUAGUUUUUGUGUUGUCUCACUAUGUAAACCAGGCUGGCCUCAAACUUGGGGAUCUGCCUGCUUCUGCCUUCCCUAAAGGAGUGUAUCACAUACAGCCAGCCCUAUUUCUGCUUUUUCUCAGUCUGUUUUGGUGAAUCUGGUGUGCUAAAUAAACUUUUUCUUGCACUGCAUCCUCUCAGAUGAUCACAUCUCAUACUCUUGUAUUUCAUUCCAUUCAUAUAUGAAUAAUUAGACACAGUUUUCCCCUUGGGCUUCUGAUGAGUUUAUUACAGCUCCCUACAGUGCUCUGUCUCAUUGACCUCUGCACACAGUGUUCACUCCUUAAUAUAAGCCACACCCCCUUUUGUUUUCCCUUUUAUAGUCCUAGCUACAAGACUCCCAAGCCAGGAGACUGGGCGUUACCCUAGCUUAUCUCCAUUUUCCUCAGCCUGCCCUUGAUCAAUUCACUUUAUAUUCUACCUUUAAGUUUUUUAUACUUAUUGGGGGAGGGACAUGUGUGUAUCACUAUGCCUGUGCAGAGAUUCCUCUGACUGUUUACAGGAAUUGGUUCUCUCCUUCCAAUUUACAAAGUCCUGGGGAUUGAAGUUAGAUCUUCAGGCUUGACAGCAAGUGCCUUAAUCUGCUGGGCCAUGUCACUGACCCCCACUUUGUCCUUCUUGUGUGUAUCUAAAUAUCAUUCAUUUCUCUUGUCUCCAUUGUCACUACCCAGUGGACUCAUCUGCAGUGACACCAUCCUAAAACUGGUUAAUAAUACUAUAUUACUCCUCCCAACAUCCAGGUCUAACUAGUGAAUAAAUAAACUUUUCAACAUCUCUCAGGUCAGGCAGUACAGAUCCUGAGAGUUCCCUGGGCGGGUGGGCGGAGCCCUCGAGUUGACUAGCCAGUGGCCCGCCUCGGGUGUGACAGAUCCUAGUGCUGCCUGCAAGUGCCUGCCUACACCUCAGAGCUGUUUUCCACGCUUUCAAGGCACCAGCUCUUGCCUUCCUGCUGCUCAUUAUGUCCACGUCCACGAGUUGCCCAAUUCCAGGGUGCCAGGACCGGUUGCCAGAUGGCUACAGCACCACACCUGGUGGCACACUAUACGCCACUACCCCGGGAGGCACCAGGAUCAUCUACGACAGAAAGUUCCUGCUGGAGUGCAAGAACUCACCCAUUGCCCGGACACCUCCCUGCUGCCUCCCUCAGAUUCCAGGGGUCACAACUCUUCCAACAGUACCACCCUCCAAGCUGGAGUUGCUGAAGGAACAGAAGCAGACAGAGGAAGAGAUAACCGAUGACGAACAAUUUGAAAUGGACAUGUAAUCUAGUGCAGAAUGACCUGUGUGGAGUAAUGGAAGGAGCUCUCAUCCCACUAUUGCCAUCACCUCUUCCUGGGUAUCCAAGGGCCAGCUGGCCUCGUCUAAUCCGGGAAAAGAGUGACUUGUUGGUUCUGGGCUUCCUUUAGUUCUGAGGCAGCUAGACCAGGGAUAGCAGUGGGCAACUUGCCAAGCCUUUAGCUUUCUCUGGUCUAUACAUAUUCCUCCCAAACCUCUUCCCCUCAGGGCUGGCACUGGGGACAGAGUAUGUCACCUUCUGGCUGCUUAGUAAACUU